CCCUCUGAUCGCCGUCGGUGAGGUUGUCCCGCCACCGCGCUCCUACUCGCCGACCGCCUCGCCGCUUUGCGAGUUUCCACCGCGCGAGCUUCUGUCAAGCAAAAGUUUGUCGUCGGCGCCUCGAGUGCGCUGCCGUGAGCGCCGCCCCUCCUAAUCGCGUCUCUAUUUAUUUACUUAUUUUUCUUUCAUUCUUUAGUUAGUAAACCGGGCUGGACACCACUGGAUGGCGAUCGCUCAUCUCGUCGUCCGAUUUGUGCUCCCUGGGUGAUUGCCUUUUUUUUUCGGCCGGACAGUCGGGGUACUUUGCAAGUGUUACAGCAACAGUUACAGGACACGCGACCCCCGUCUCAGAUAUUGUCCUUCCAAUUUUCUGCCCGAACCUCGACGGGGCUUGCACGAGUUUGCCGUGAAGUUGGCGCGGAAGUUUACCCCCGCCAGUAACUUCAAGCACAAAACUUUUGCUCCGCGCGCGCGCGCGCGCGUGAGCAUUUUCUUCUUAUUUUUUUUCUCCGUCUCUCUUUGUGCGAGCGGCAGCGAUGCCGACUUGUUUUAGCCUCGUUCUGGCGGAAUGUGAAGUGACUGACUGAGCAAAUCGGGCUGCUGCUGUGACUUCGCGCGUUUCGUCUUAACCAGCUCUUUCUUCGGGACCCAUUGCGAAACAUUGUGCGCGUGGCGGUGCGUCCGUCCCUCGCCUGCGUCGUCGUGUGGCCGCCGCCACAACUACGUGCGUUCUUGUCACGCGCUUCCGUCGUGUGAGAGACAGCUGAGGCCGGACCUGAUACAAAGGACGCGUGUGUCUCUCUGCAACCGGACACAGUGAUCAACCAAAGUCGUGAGAGCCGGCAUCAGAAGCGCAACUUCCCCCACCGCUCACCGCAGUAUCUACGUGCAGUGAACUUUGAACGACGCGAAACUCAUUGUUCGUCGUGAUGCGUCUUCCGUGGCUUCUGGCUCUCAAGGCGCUCAUCGUGGUGGCCGUGCCGCAGAGACGCGAGCUGUCCAACGCCAUCGAGGACGUCUCUUCGGCGUCGCUGUCUUCGACGACCAACGGAGGUGGCGGCGAGGAGUCGCCGCGUCGGCAUCACGGCCAGCAGCAGCGACUCAAGGACGGGGCGGCCGUCUCCCGGUUGCUUCAGGUGUUCGGGCUUCGAGAACCUCGGCGCCGCGAGCGGCACCAGCAGCCUCCAGUCUACAUGCUCGAGCUGUACAACGCCACCGCGGGAUCCGGAGGGAUUACGCGAUCGGCGAACAAGUACAACGCCAACCUGGUGCGCAGCUUUCCCGACCGAGUGAGACGGCACAACAAGCGUGGCAAGAAGAAGAGCAAGGACAAAAAGGCCACAAGGGGAAGCGGUGCCGCCAAGGAGAGUCCACUGCGCUUCUUCUUCAACGUGACGCCCAGCGAGUCGGCCAAGGAAGAAGUGCUGCAAGCCGAGUUCCAUCUCUACAAACUGCGACCCAAGCACCGACCUCCGGACAGGCUCGGCGAUGCCAAGUCACAUCUCCUCGAGGUGCGCGUCUACCAAGCGAUGCCCGGUGUGUCUCCACUGCGCGAGGAGGGCCACCGGCUGCUAGACGUGCGACGCAUGACGUACACCUCGGUUGGCUGGGAGGUGUUUUACGUCAAGGCCGCUGCCGUCGACUGGAUCAAGGACCCGUCUUCGAACCUCGGGCUACUGAUGACGGUGCGCACGGCACACGGCCGACGGUUGGAGGACGGCGUGCUUCGCUUCGCCAAGCGACACCAAGGUCACGUGAACAAGCAGCCCAUCCUGGUGGUGUUCAGCGAUGACGGCAGACCCAGCAGGGAGACGCUGUACCCGACUGGUGCCAACGGUGACGCCGCUGGAGGAUUGCUUCCCGGUCAGAUGACUGGUGCGAGCCUGCCGGUCGUCGUGCCCAACGGCGAUGGCGUGACGCUAGCGCCAAAUCCUCGGAGCGUGCGGGCAGCUCCACCGGCCUCCGGAUCCAAGUCUUCGUCUGGGGGCAAGGUGCACGACGAACCGUUUGGUUGCACGAGGCACGAGAUGUACGUGGACUUCGAGAAGAUUGGCUGGUCCAGCUGGAUCAUCUCGCCGAAGGGCUACAACGCGUACCACUGCAAGGGUCAGUGCUACUUCCCGUUGGGGCAGAACCAGUGGCCCACCAACCACGCCACAGUACAGAGCAUCGUCAACGAGCUCAGCUUGACGGCUGGAGUGGGCGCUCCCUGCUGCGUGCCCAACAAGCUCUACUCUAUCAGCCUGCUCUACUUCGACGAAAACGAGAACGUGGUGCUCAAGCAGUAUGACGACAUGGUGGCCGCCAGCUGCGGGUGCCACUGAAACCUCCGAACUGACGCACUCAAAGGCGUGGGCAUCCAAGUGCCCAUGCUCUUUUGACAACACCUGUGUUCUCUCCGAAUGGCUUCCGUGGAGGCGGCAGUAGAGUCUAGCUGGACACUAUAGAGUGGAGAGUAAGGCAAACGCAUCUUAAGCGACUGACGGUGCGAAGACGACUGAACUUAGCUGAAUGUGUCCUGCUCGGUCCUUGCACUGUACGUCGAGAGUGUCAGUGGUUUGAACGUCUGGCGUCGUGGCGGUAUUUAUGACAACAGGAAACACCUUGAGGACUUAGCAAAGUCUCUACCCGGACUAUGUGCGUGACGCAACCACUGCGACGUCUGAUGCCGUGAAAGGUGUUGAACUAGCUAUUUGUCUUAUCUUUGUGUAUCUUUGUGUCAGAGAGACUACUUGGAGGUCUUAUGUCUUGACUGUCUCUUAACAAAUGUUUCUUGUAGACAACUGUCUUACUCUGUGACCCGUCAGCACUCGCCUGUUACGCCUGCGGUUGUUGGCCUGUUGGCUAUACAAAAACGGUCUUGAUGUUGAAAACGUUGAGAGUAUCGACCGUAAACGCAUUCAGCAUCUUGAAUAUUCCCUGCUGUAGCCGACUGGCAAUGACUGAAGCUGUUCUGCGGGCACGCCACUUGACAUCAAUGCAGUGUGCGAUCUGAGGAAAGAUGGUUGUCCUCGAUAAGACACUUUGGUCUCUCUGUAAGGAUGAAGAACUCUAGUGUCUGUCAAGCUGGCACUCUUAAGACUGAGAGCCACCUUUAUCAUCGACAGCUCUCGCCAGUGACAGAUUACUGACGUCGAGCCUAUGUAUAGAACGAAGCUGUGACGUUGCGCCUGACCUAUAAUCGAAGGUCAUGAAGCACUGAAAGAUGCCACUCAACGUAGCGUGUAUUGACUAGCAUGACUUUGUAGUUUUCGUGAGGCUUCUUCUUCGGGCCUACCUUAGCGGCGCGCUGUGACGCAUGGUGUAACAUCUCGUGGUAUCAUUGAAUAUCGUGACGUAAGAGAUUUACUUGAGCGACAUAAUCUCAUAAAAUGAUUUCAUUUCUGAAGACAUUGAACGUUUCGUUCGCCGCCAUCCAAAGGGAGAGGAGAGAUGAAUUAGAAAGCCUUCAAAAGUGCGAGGACUUCUGAUUGCAGGCAAUGUUAGUCUAUCGAGGCAAGGACUCAACAACACUCGCAUUGUGGCCACGCGGGAUAUAUCGGUGCAGGUUCUUCUCGUGAGGCCUGCGAAAUGUUUCCCAAGUCGCAGAAAGUCAGAGCUAAGCAUGCUUCUCAGCGUGCGUGACUUAACCCAGUGGUCUAACCGAAUGGAAAGGCAGGGGCUAAAGGCACUGCCACCUACUAAACAAAAAAUUGCGGCCUGUAGAUGAAAGCCAGGUUUUACACUUGUGUGACGGUGCUUGAACUAUUAUUUUCGUUUCGUCUUCUCGCUGUUUAUUUUUCUUUGUUUUCAGAAGAAACUUUAUCUGAAGUCUGCGAACCUUAGCGUUUUGUGUUUUAGGCGGGAUAUUUGUGCCGGUAAAAUGGUGGACGUGUUCUGCCUAUAUCUUUAGAUUCCUUGUAAGCAUAUCGCUGCUACAAUAUUGUUUUCACUCGAUGCUACGUUUAGAACGUUGGUGCGUUCAAGCGAGUUAUAUUUAAGCCACUAGCUUUCCGUAGGUUCGUUAUUCUACUUUGGACGCAAGCGGUUCCAACACUCCUGUGUAAAAGACGCAUGUUACUCUAAAGGCUUUUUAAAACUCUUAUACUUUCUUCUAUGACACCCUUAAGCAUGUGAUCUGCUACUCUUAAUUUUGUGCCAUAAAAUUGUUAGAAUGUAGGUUUUGUAUACUUGUAUAGAUGUUGUACUGUUUGUUUGUUUUUGUCUUUAUGAUAGAAAAUACCUACGAGCGAACGCCAGUGUUCGACCAUCACUUGCCCUCAUGUACCUGCGUCUGAAGAGGUGCUGCGUGGUGUGUCUAAGAAGGAUGUUCUAUGUGGAGUGGAACAAACGUGUAUCUGUCGAAAAGUUUUGAUCUUCAAAUUGUCAAUAUCUGUGUUUGACAUGGAGCACAUUAUGAGGAAUCAUUUCGCAGCAAACAUUAUCACUCGCCUUCGCUCUUCACCCCCUCCGGUUCUGCCAAAACAGUCGGAAAAUCGCAGAGGCGAUGACAACGUAGUGAAAUAGCUUUACAGGUUUACACGCCCUACUCUCUACAGCGUAAUUAUGGCGUAACGAUUUUCUCUACUUCGAGUAUCACUACAUAUAUUGGGAGUCCGUGUACUGUGAACUGUUCUCGUAUUUUCACCGGCAAAAUAACAAAAAAAAAAUGCUUUUGAAACAUCUCCAUAACCAAAGAUAUAUCUUUACACUGAAACUGGCGACGCGAGCAGGACAAGAGCAGGACAUCCGACGCUCUUUGACUGCUCUAAGAAAGAGUUUAGUGCGAAAGUCGAGCUACACAGGACAACCGUAAGGCCUGUGCUACGGUCUGGCAGGCAUUGCUUUCGUGAGAGUUUCUAUCUCAGGGUUUCCGACUAGUGCGCAUCUCGGAGGCCAUAUCUUAACCUGGUUCUUCGGGCUUUUGAUGCGUCAUAAUUCCCGGAGCUCAUACAGCUGCGAUUGACGCAAGAGCUCAUCUCGAUACUCGGUGCCGAAGCACGACAAUGAUCGCAACCUCCACGACAGGAGAGAUGCGUGUGUUUUCGUGCUAAGUUGUCGUCAAAGUUUGCUUUCGGAGAACUUCAGUGUAAUACAGACGUCUUCCCUCUGUGUGUAAUACUGAGCCCUGUUGUGCGAAGGACAUGGCAUAGCGUAAAUUCCGAUGCGAGUGAAGUACUCACACAAGAACUAGAUUUUGGUUGCAUAUUCGGCGAAGGAUGAGACAAAGUACAAGGUUUUCAGCUGUGAGUGUACUGCAGGUGCUAGACUGCAAGGAAACACGAACCUCCGUUUUUGUGCUAAAUUUAUUAACCAGUGGUCAUCAAGAACUCGGUUAAAGCGCUCUUUUUUAUUUCGCACGUGGAACGAUUGUGCUUUUAAGGCUCAUGUGUGAUGAUUUCGGACGAUGCUGUGCGAUGGUAAGGAAAUGUUAAAUUUGUUUUUUUAUUUACGCGGUCCAUAUAUAUACACUGUAUGUAGCAUGUAGUAAGUUCUGUGAGCACCCUCUUUACGAUGUAUUCUGCAACCAAAACUGCACUGACUUAAUCUCCACUCAAGCUUUUUGCUUUGCUAGUUCGCCUCGUUCACCACAUUGAAUGGAUGGCGUGUAAACUUGAGUGAAUAGCCUGGUUUCACGCGUGCCAUUCUGAAAUUAAGUUGAUGUAGACCAGGACACGCCAGCGGUGUUUUCUGCCCGAGCUUGAAAAAGUUGCCAAAUUUCGCUCACGGGGUUUAGUGUUAUUCUUUUCUUUUUUUUUUCCCCUGCUGCUUCGGCAUCUGUUUGUCGCGAGGCAACCCGCGCAGCUAGUUCUCUCAAAGCAAGGCACGUGUAAGCAUUCAUCAGUGCGAUAGACUGCCUAAAACCGGUUUUAGUGAGCAUGUCUUAUUGCCGAAUAAGUACUGUAAGAUAGACUUGUGUACGUAUGCUUUAAUAUAAUUGUUUAUAGGAAUGAGUGACAAUUCUUUGCUCUUUUUUCUUCUUCUUCUUGCCAUACUUAUUGGCUCAUCUGUACAGAUUACGCAUGUCACACGUGUUGUCCAUAUGUACUGAAUUU